CCAAAGUGCUGGGAUUACAGAUGUGAGCCACUGUGCCUGGCCCCUGUUUCCAAUUAAAGGAAACAAACAAUAAUGGAAGAUACAAUUCCAUCAGAAACAGGAAUCUGAAAAAUCGUAAGAUAUUAAACAUUGGCCAUGGUCUGGAUGUAUUAUUUAAAAAACAAACAUGAGCCUGGGAAGAUGCAUAUUUGGAUAUUCUUUGCAAUAUUGUUUGUAAAUAGCAAAAAAUUGGAGGUAGCCAGUGUCCAAGAUGAAUGGCUAAGUCAAUGUGAUACAUUCACACAAUGGAAUACUAUCCCACAGAAUACAUGAGAUUCAGAAGAAUCAAUUUGGAUAACUCCCAGUAAUCUGAGGUGAAGUGAAAAGAUUGAAUGUCUAGAGUCCUGUAUGCCCAGUAUUAAACAAUGUAUGUAAAUGCAUAAGCACAAACAGAUGGAAGGAAAGGGUCACCUGUUCUGGAGCACCCACUGUGUGCCAGGUGCGGGCCUGAACCCCCACUGUGACCUCAGAGCUACUUAUUAAUGGGAUGUGUUUUUCAGAGACUAGGAAGCAGCCUCUGGGAGGGCAGCUCACAUGACAGGAGGGAGCCCAGGACUGCUGACUCCCGGGCCACUGCUGGUGCACCCUCCCUGUCGGGCUGGCCCAAGGAUUCCGGCCCGGGCCUCCAUCCUGGACUGGGGCAGGCAGGGCGCCCUGUAACUCCAGCCGCUGCUCCCGCCCGCUGCCCGCCCCUCCUUCACCUCAGCCUGGGGAAGCCUGGCUUGCCUGGUCCGCCGACAAUGCCUCCCAUUCAGCCCUGUCCCAGCUGCCAGGCCUGCGGGCCGCGGAGGGGGGCUCCCACCAGGCGGGGACAGCCUUUGCCUGCGCUGUGCCUCCAGGCUGGACCAGCAGUUCCAGGCGGCAUGGAGGGGCCCCGGAGCUCCACCCAUGUCUCCUUGGUGCUGCUGCUGCUUGUACUUCUGCUGCUGGGCCCAGCUAGGCAGGCCGCUGCGCAGCGAUGCCCACAGGCCUGCAUCUGUGACAACUCCAGACGGCACGUUGCCUGCCGGCACCAGAACCUCACUGAGGUGCCAGACGCCAUCCCUGAGCUGACCCAGCGGCUGAACCUGCAGGGCAAUUUGCUGAAAGUGAUUCCCGCAGCCGCCUUCCAGGGCCUGCCUCACCUCACACACCUGGACCUGCGCCACUGCCAGGUGGAGCUGGUGGCCGAGGGCGCCUUCCGUGGCCUGGGCCGCCUGCUCCUGCUCAACCUGGCCUCCAACCACCUGCGUGAGCUGCCCCAGGAGGCGCUGGACGGGCUGGGCUCGCUGCGGCGGCUGGAGCUGGAGGCGAACGCACUGGAGGAGCUGCGGCCGGGGACGUUCGGGGCACUGGGUGCGCUGGCCACGCUUAACCUGGCCCACAACGCCCUGGUCUACCUGCCCGCCAUGGCCUUCCAGGGGCUACUGCGCGUCCGCUGGCUGCGGCUGUCGCACAACGCGCUCAGCGUGCUGGCCCCCGAGGCCCUGGCUGGCCUGCCCGCCCUGCGACGGCUCAGCCUGCACCACAACGAGCUCCAGGCUCUGCCCGGCCCGGCCUUGUCCCAGGCCCGCGGCCUGGUCCGUCUGGAGCUGGGCCACAACCCGCUCACCUACGCGGGCGAGGAGGACGGGCUGGCGCUGCCCGGCCUGCAGGAGCUGCUGCUGGACGGCGGGGCCCUGCAGGCCCUGGGUGCCAGGGCCUUCGCGCACUGCCCACGCCUGCACACCCUUGACCUCCGCGGGAACCAGCUAGACACCCUGCCCCCGCUGCAGGGUCCGGGCCAGUUGCGCCGGCUGCGGCUGCAGGGGAAUCCGCUGUGGUGCGGCUGCCAGGCGCGGCCCCUACUCGAGUGGCUGGCGCGGGCGCGCGUGCGCUCGGACGGCGCGUGCCGGGGGCCGCGGCGCCUGCGGGGCGAAGCUCUGGACGCCCUGCGGCCCUGGGACCUGCGCUGCCCUGGGGACGCGGCGCAGGAAGAGGAAGAGCAGGAGGAGCGGGCUGGGCCCGCGCCCCGCGCCCCUCCGCGCGACCCUCCGCGCGGCCCCGGGGAGGAGCGGGCAGUCGCGCCCUGCCCUCGCGCCUGCGUGUGCGCCCCCGAGUCCCGGCACAGCAGCUGCGAGGGCUGCGGCCUGCAGGCGGUGCCCCGCGGCUUCCCCAACGACACCCUGCUCCUGGACCUGAGGCGGAACCACUUCCCCUUGGUGCCCCGAGCGGCCUUCCCCGGCCUGGGCCACCUGGUGUCGCUGCACCUGCAGCACUGCGGCAUCACGGAGCUGGAGGCGGGCGCCCUGGCGGGGCUGGGCCGCCUGAUCUACCUGUACCUCUCGGACAACCAGCUCGCAGGCCUCAGCGCUGCUGCCCUUGCAGGGGUCCCCCGCCUCGGCUACCUGUACCUGGAGCGCAACCGUUUCCUGCAGGUGCCAGGGGCUGCCCUGCGCGCCCUGCCCAGCCUCUUCUCCCUGCACCUACAGGACAACGCUGUGGACCGCCUGGCACCUGGGGACCUGGGGGGAACACGGGCCUUGCGCUGGCUCUACCUGAGUGGAAACCGCAUCACCGAAGUGCCCCCUGGGGCGCUGGGCCCAGCUCGGGAGCUGGAGAAGCUGCACCUGGACAGGAAUCAGCUGCGAGAGGUGCCCACUGGCGCCUUGGAGGGGUUGCCUGCCCUCCUGGAGCUGCAGCUCUCGGGCAAUCCACUCAGGGCCUUGCAUGACGGGGCCUUCCAGCCUGUGGGCAGGUCGCUGCAGCACCUCUUCCUGAACAGCAGUGGCCUGGAGCAGAUUUCUCCUGGGGCCUUUUCAGGCCUGGGGCCCAGGCUCCAGAGCCUGCACCUGCAGAAGAACCAGCUUCGGGCCCUGCCUGCCCUACCCAGCCUCAGCCAGCUGGAGCUCAUCGACCUCAGCAGCAAUCCCUUCCACUGUGACUGCCAGCUGCUUCCGCUGCACAGGUGGCUCACUGGGCUGAACCUGCGGGUGGGGGCCACCUGCGCCACCCCUCCCAGUGCCCGUGGCCAGAGGGUGAAGGCUGCAGCUGCUGUCUUUGACGCCUGCCUGGGCUGGGGUGCCAGGAAGGCCAAGCGGACACCAGCCUCCAGGCCCAGCACCAGGAAAACCUCCAUCAAAGGAAGACAGCGUGGAGCAGAUAAGGUGGGGAAGGAGAGGGGUCGUCUCUGAGCACGGAGCAGGCUGGUCCUGCCUCGACCCAGCCCGGUGGCUCUUACUCUCGCCAGGAACGGGCUCCGACGAGAUCUUCUUGGCGCCCUGAGGGUCGUCCUCCAGCAGGGGCUUCUUGGACCCCUGUCUGAGGGGUCGUGUCUUGGUGGGCGGGAUUCUUUUCCCUUUGAAUAAAAAUGGAUUCAAACUCAGCA